AUGGAGCGGCUGGUGCUGCUGGGUCUGGUGCUGCUCUGCUGCAGCUCCUCAGGGGCCGGACUUCGGUCUGGACCGAGGAGAGCCUCUUCACUGGGCAGGUCCCGGGGCCUCGGAGCGCUGACCGCACACGACGCAAAGGGGGCCCCUCUGCGGAGGUCCAAGAGAGGCUGGAUGUGGAACCAGUUCUUCCUCCUGGAGGAGUACACCGGCACCGACAUGCAAUACGUGGGCAAGCUUCACUCUGACGGUGACCGCGGCGACGGCAGUGUGCGGUACGUUCUGACCGGAGAGGGCGCCGGGACGCUGUUCCGGAUCGACGAGAAGUCCGGAGACAUCCACGCCACCAAGCGCUUGGACCGCGAGGAGAAGGCCUACUACAUCCUGCACGCCAAGGCGGUGAACCGCAUUACCAACAUCGCCCUGGAGGGGGAGUCGGAGUUCAUCAUCAAGAUCCACGACAUCAACGACAACGAGCCACGCUUCACCAAGAACCCCUACUACGCCCGCGUGCCUGAGAUGAGCGAGAUCGGUACGUCGGUGAUCCAGGUCUCGGCCACAGACGCAGACGACUCCACGUACGGGAACAGCGCCAAAGUGGUUUACAGCAUCUUAGAAGGACAGCCAUACUUCUCUGUGGACCCGGACUCUGGUUUGAUAAAGACGGCGCUCCCGGGGAUGGACCGUGAGGUGAAGGAGCAGUACCAGGUGGUCAUCCAGGCCAAGGACAUGGCGGGACAGAUGGGCGGUCUGUCCGGGACCACCACCGUUAGCAUCACGCUGUCCGACAUCAACGACAACCCGCCACGCUUCACCAAAGCGCUGUACGAGUUCCGGGUCCCUGAGUCCCUGGAGGUGGGGGCCGCGGUGGGUUCGCUGAGGGCCGUGGACGCAGACAUCGGAGAGAACGCCGACAUGGAGUACCGCAUCACGGGCAGCGACGGACCGGGCAUGUUCGAGAUUGGCACCAACAGAAGCAACCAGGAGGGGGUGCUGCGACUGCGCAAGCCUCUGGACUAUGAGCGAAAGCGUCUGUUCAGUCUGCGGGUCCAGGUGGAGAACACGCAGUCCGGGCCCCGGGUCCUGGGCGCGGGGCCCUUCACGGAUGAGGCCUUGGUGAAGGUGGUGGUGGAGGAUGUGGACGAGCCGCCAAAGUUCGAACGAAGUCACUACGUCCUGGAAGUGAAGGAGGACGCACCACGAAACACCGCCAUCGGAUCGGUCAGCGCCGCCGACCCAGACGACAAGAGGAGCCCGGUCAGGCAUCGGGCCAAGCUGGUGCUGGAUGAAGUUUGGGAAUGGGGUGCUAAGCCAAAGUAUGGACCCUUUGUGUACAAUAUGAGGAAAGAGAUGCAGAGGCUGCGAUUGGGUGGAGGUAGCAGUGGCUCCACAUUUGGUAUGGACCGGUGUGCCUCCCUGGAUUCUGCCAGAGAUAGACAUGUCUGUGAUGAGUUCCUCGCUAAGGCAGGCUCCAACUACCUGGGGUCAGUGAAUCAGGCCCUAAUAGGCUCUGAAGUGUUCUGGCAUGGAGGUUUGAUCUCCCCCCCCCCCUCAUCCCCGGCCCCCCGCAGGCCCGGCCGCCAACCUCAGCCCGGCCCCCCUCAGGCCCCCCUCCCCAAUGUGAGGAAGCUGAGCAGAGAGACAGUUUAA